GUCCUUGGGCUGGUGUGACUAGAAACUAGCUGCUGUAGUGAACACCUCCGAAGAUAUGAAGGAACCAGAUGAUCAAGACACUGAUGAGGGAAAAUCAGUAUCAAGGAGUGAUGGAAAGCAGGCUCCUAGGUCCACUUUGAAUGCUUCAGAAGAUGUCACAGAUGACUUAUUCACUGAUGGGGAAGAGUCCUAUUUGGAUGAUGACUUGGAUUUGGAAGACAUGGACGAAAGCUCACAUUCAUCUCAAGAGUAUCUUCAGGGUCCUGUAGUUUCCCAGGAGCCUCCUGUUGAAGUUAAGGAAGAGCCAGAAGUAGAUGUGAAGAAGGCGCUCUCCGCGAACUUCUAUUACGAUUACCUGGAGCUGAUUAACACACCACAUGUGUCUUCAGAAGCGAACAUCCCGCUUUAUUUUCUCACCCUCAACCAUUCUUAUGGUUACGACUGCAGAAAGCGAGCCAACCUACAACUUCUGGACAGCAACACUGUGCUGUACAUUGCUGGGAACCAAAUGGUCCUGCUGGAUUUUAAAAACAAGACACAGAUAUACCUGCAGAGCAGCAGUGGCCAAGGGAUUGGUGCCAUUGGGGUCCAUCCAUAUAAAACUUACUUCGCAGUUGCCGAAAAAGGAAGUUUCCCAAAGAUUAUCAUCUAUGAGUACGAGUCUCUGAAGCCCUACAGAAUCUUGCGUGAUGGGACAGAGAAGGCCUAUGCUUAUAUAGACUUUAACAAUGAGGGGAACUUGCUGGCCUCUGUUGGCUGUCAUCCUGACUACACAAUAACCAUCUGGGACUGGAAAGAAGAGCAGCCCAUGCUGAGGACAAAAGCGUUUUCUCAGGAUGUCUUUAAGGUCACUUUCAAUCCUGAUAAUGACGAGCAGUUAACUACAUCCGGAUCCGGCCACAUCAAGUUCUGGGAGAUGGCUUUUACAUUCACUGGUCUCAAGCUGCAAGGAUCACUGGGGCGAUUUGGUAAAACAUCUACUAGUGACAUAGAGGGCUAUGCAGAGCUUCCAGACGGGAAGGUUCUCUCAGGGUCAGAGUGGGGCAACCUGCUGCUUUGGGAAGGCAGCCUCAUCAAGGUGGAACUCUGUCGGACUGGCAUGAAGUCUUGUCACAGCGGUUCCAUUAACCAGAUAAUGCUGGAUGAGGGGGAGGUUAUCACUGCCGGGUCGGAUGGCAGUGUCAGGAUAUGGGACUUUGAGACAAUCGACACCGCUGACGUUAUAGAUGAUACCGGGUUGUUGGAGAUAGAACCUAUUAAUGAACUUCACGUGGACAAGAACGUCAACCUCUUCUCAAUGAUCAAGAUGAAUGAAGUUGGAAAUAACUUUUGGCUGGCUCAGGAUGCCAAUGGAGCCAUAUGGAAACUUGACCUUAGUUUUUCAAAUAUUACCCAAGACCCAGAAUGCCUCUUCUCUUUCCACUCUGGUCCCAUUGCAGCCUUGGAUGUUUCUCCCCUCACUUAUCUCAUGGCCACAACUGCCUUGGACUGCUCUGUGCGCGUCUAUGACUUUGCUAGUAAAAACCCUUUGGUUCACAUGAGAUUCAAACAAGGAGGCACAUCCCUCAUCUGGGCACCCCGAUCAGUAAGCAUUUCUGCAUCCCAGAUCGUAGUAGGAUUCCAAGAUGGUGUCGUUCGAAUUCUUGAACUUUUUGAUCCAAAAGGACUUACAGUUUUUGCAGGACGGAAGAAAAUCUUAGAUGCUGAGUUACAUUUGAAAUAUGUCUUCAAACCUCAUACUGAAGAAGUUACGGCUUUAGCUUAUGAACGUGAUGGCGAGAUCUUAGCCACUGGGAGUGCGGACAAGACUGUUUUCUUUUUUGAUGUGGAGAAGGAAUACAAGCCGGUUGGUUUUUUUACCACUCCUGGGCCUAUUUGUCAGUUGAUGUGGUCUCCAGCCAAUCAUCCUGAAAGCACUUUAUUGAUCAUCUGUGAGAAUGGCUAUAUUCUUGAAUGUCUAUGCCCAACCAUUAAGGAUGUAGAUGAUCAGAAUGUUACCACGUUUGCAAUCCCAGACAUGUUACUCAGAUGCUUCCAUUUCACGAGUGUCAAAUCUAAGAUUUUGAGAUUUAUGGAAGUACAAAGGAGAGAAAAACAAAAGAUGUUGAAGGAGAAGGAAAGGGAAGAAAUGAGGAGGAGGCUAGCAGAAGAGAGAGAAGCCUUUGGGGAAGAGGAAAUACCAGAGGAGGAGGAGGCCACUGAAGAAGAGGAAGAGGAGGAGGAGCCGCUGCCUGAGAUCUUCAUGCCACCAACACCCUCUCCUGUCCUGUGCGGCUUUUACUCAGCUCCAGGGAAGUUCUGGGUGUCGAUGGGCAACUAUGAUGCCGGUUUUCUGUAUCACUGUCAGUUUCCAUCAUAUCUCAGUGGCCGUGAUUUCCAAAACCAGGAAAACGAACCAUUCGAUUUCCGUGUUCUUCAUGAUACAGAGGACAACCCCAUCAGAACAAUCACUUUCAGUAAUGACUGGACUAUGAUGUUCUGUGGAAUGAGAAAUGGUGCGAUCCGAGUGUAUGUCCUAAGUGACAAUGACCCCUUCCUGGUCAGUUUGAAGGACUACUGGCAUUUCAAUGUGCAUGACAAUAAUUAUGGAUCUAUUAAAAGCAUCACUUCUAGUUUUGAUGACCAGUACUUGUUGACUGCUGGGGAAGAUGGUAAUAUCUUUGCUUUCGACAUUUUUUCUGAAUUUCUUGUCUACAAAGAAGCCAAAGCCAAAGUACCAUCUCCCAGGUUUGGGAUUGAAUCAGAGACGGCUCCAGAAGACAUUGAAGAUCCCAAAGCCUACAGUAUUGAGAAUGCCAGGAAAAAAAGAGAGCAUGAUAAGUUAAUGAAGAAAGUAGAGGAAAUAAAAGCUCAUAAGAGAGAACAAAUCAAAAUUUUGAGGAAUGAGUUUUGGAAGCUGUUAGCUCUGAAUAAAGAGUUACCAGCACAUAUGCAGUUCCAACGGACGGAUUUCAAUAUUGAUGCCAAAAUUCACGCUGAGAUCCAUAAGAAAACAAGUUUUAAAAUGGAACAAGUGGAAAAGGAACUAGCUUGGGAAAAACAGAAAUAUGAACUCGGCCUGAAGAAGCUCCAGGACAGAUUUCGUGAGCCAUUGGAAAGUGACACCAUUGUGGUUUAUGCCAUCCAGAGUGACCACCAAGUAGCCUCCUAUAGGCUGGUGAAGCCCUCUAAAUAUUCCAAGUUAAAGCGUCCAAGUCAGACUGAGAGAAGAGCCAGCAAAAUGGAGAGGUUUGAAAAGGAAGGGCCGGGCAAGAAGGAGAGCCAAAAAGAUACAGUUGGAAGUGUUAGCCUACAAGAAGAAUCAGUACUGGAAAAAAGGAAGAAAUUUCGGCCUCGAACUUUAAGUGAAAUUAUGGUAGAAAACCAAAUCGAGAAAACAAAGAAACUCGUCCAACAAGCUGAGCGGGCUCAACUUAAGAUUCUGCAGCGCAAAAAGGAAUGGGAGGAGCUUGUCAAAUCCAUUUCCAUUGCCUGUUCCCCAGAGAGCCCAGACCUUUGCAGUGCGUGCUUAGUACCUUCAAUACUGGGAGUUCUGCUCCUGAAUUCCUCAGGAAUCCCUGUCUUCAUUGCUGCCGAGAAGCAAAGGCAAAUCGGUUUUGAGUGUGGGCUUGUCUCCACCGCCUGGCUGUGCAGCCGGGGCACCCUGUCAGCCCUUCGGGGUGAGUUUGGAAAGAUGUCCAUAUCUUCCUACCACCGGAGCAGCUUCCGGGAACCGCGCGAGCUAAACGAGCCAGACCCGGCUAGAGAAGGAGGCACGGCGGCCCUGGGCCGGGCGGUGGAGCACAAGCAGUGGCGGCCCCGGGAACUUCGUGCGGCUUCAGGCCCUCACUCUAGUCGGAGCCAGUCAAGCGCUAGGAUCCCAAGCGAGAGCCCAAGCUCAGAGAUCCGAGCUAAGCCCGAGCCCAGCUCAGCGCUCUAA